UGCAUUCUGUUGUUGUUUGCUUCACUUGUUUGAUUUAUUCUUGAAGUAGCUAGCUAGAGCCAAAGAAAAGAAAUGAUGGGUAGAGAAGGCAUAUGCGUUAUGCUAUCACUUGUUGUUUUUGGAGCUCUCACAAUUCGUAAUGCUGAUGGGUUGAAGCAGAAUUUCUACCACACAAGUUGCCCACAAGUUGAGCCCACUGUGAGCACAAUCACAAGAAAUAGGGUCCAAAGUAACCCAGCUUUGGGCGCUAAACUCUUGAGGAUGCAUUUUCAUGACUGUUUUGUUAGGGGAUGCGAUGCAUCGAUACUGUUAGAUGCAGUUGGAAGUACCAAAGCUGAAAAAGAUUCAAUUCCAGAUGGAUCAUUGUCAGGUUAUGAUGUGAUUGAUGAAAUUAAAUCUGAACUCGAGCAAAUUUGCCCUGGAGUUGUUUCAUGUGCAGACAUUCUUGCCUUGGCUGCUCGUGAUGCUGUUUCCUUUCAGUUUAAUAAUCCUUUAUGGGAAGUCCUAACUGGAAGAAGAGAUGGCAACCUUUCUCUCGCAUCUGAUGUGGAUGCAAACCUUCCCUCGCCUUUCUCAGACUUCAACACUCUCUUGCAACUAUACAACGACAAGGGUCUUGAUCUUGAUGAUCUUGUGAUUCUAUCAGGUGGUCACACAAUAGGAGUUGCUCACUGUGCUACUUUCUCAAAUAGGCUGUAUAACUUCAAUGGCAAUAAUGGAAGUGAUCCUUCACUAGAUCCAGACUACGCAGAAUUCUUGAAAACCCAAUGCCCUAAUCCAUUCGAUCCAACAACGGUGGAGAUGGAUCCUCAAAGCUCAAUGGUGUUUGAUAAGAGUUACUUCAGUAUCCUUCUCCAAAACAAAGGACUUUUCCAGUCUGAUGCUGCACUUCUCCAAGAUGAACGAUCCGCCAGAAUUGUAAGACAGUUGAAUACAUCUAAUGACUUUUUCGCCAGGUUUGCCAACUCGAUGAAGAAAAUGGGGGCCAUUGAAGUGCUUACAGGAGAUGCUGGACAGAUUAGGAAGAAUUGCCAUGUUGCAAAUCCUCAAGGAUAAAAUAAUUAUAUAUAGAAAUAAUAAUAAAAAUUCAUAAUAAUCCAC